GCAGUAUUGUGCCGUCACCGUAGCGAAAAUAGCUCAGGUAGCUUCAAUACGAAUAUAUGCUUGGGGUGCCCAAAAAGUAUCAAGUAGACUGGAGAUGACGAGUACCAUUUGUAUUUAUUGAAUUUUUUUGAAUGCCGCUUAGAACGAAUACUAUUUUUAACUGAAAUUCAUGCUACAUGAAAACAGAAUGAAAGCUGGAGUCUUGUCCAACCAGCUGUAUGUCACAUUUCUGCUUUUAUGUAACCAGGUCUUCAAAGGGCUCGCAUAUCGAGCUGUUGUUUAUCCUAAGUUAUUCGAAGGCAGAGACGAAAACACAAAAGUUUUGAAAAUAAAUGACGAAAUAACAUUGAAGCUGCGGCCAAGCUCAAUCCUUCGUGAAGAUUUCUUCGUGCGAAAGUAUCGCGAAGAUGUUCCAGAAUACAAAUACUUCAAUGUCGAAGCAUUGCAGCAAGAUCUGUACCACGACGCCCAACAGCUGGCAUCUGUCGCCAUGACUGAAAAAGAUGGCUUGCUGCGAGUGGAAGGCGUUGUCGGACCAAACUUGAAAAUACGGCCUAUUGAAGCAAGUGAGCGCUCUACUUAUGGAGACCAAGCUCACAUUGUGGACAAUAUUGAAGACUCAAAGUCUGACAAAUUUUAUGGCAAGAUUGUCCAGGACAGAAUUAAUAUCACGGAACGUGCCACCAAUGGACGUGUUGGUUAUGAUUCAUCUAAAUUCAACGUGGAAGUUAUAUAUCCAGAAGUUCUCAUAACAUGUGACUCGGUGUUUUUCGCUGGAUUUAAGGAUAAAUACGGCUUAAUAAAAUACAUCCUCAUUGUGUUUCACGUUGUGAUCUUACGCUACAGCACUAUUACUCACCCUCGGAUAGAGCCUGUCUUAAGGGGCAUCGAAAUCAGCAACAAGACAGAAGAAAACAAGUAUUACCAGUACCUUGGAAAUGGCAUCGAUGCCAUUCCAUCACUUUAUGGGGUCAAGAACUAUGUUGUGGCAAGAAGUGCCUUAUACGUCGAAUUCGAUCUGGUCUACUUCCUUACUGGCUACGACAUGAUUGUUCCAGGAAACAAUGGAUGGGACAGGGGUUAUAGAGGCUUCGCCUUCGUUGGGUCUGCUUGCUUGGCUACACGUGAGCAGCUUGGCGAAGAUACUCCCAACUCUUUCAUCGGAAUUCGCACAAUGGCCCACGAAAUGGCGCACACCUUAGGGUGCGAUCAUGAUGAGUCAACGAUUGAAGGUCACUUAGAAGGAUACGUAGCGAACUCCUCAUACUGCCCUUGGAGUGACGGCUAUAUCAUGAGCUAUGUUAUAAAGAACGGCAGAAGCAAGCGAUUCUCGCAGUGCUGUGACUACGACAUGAGACGGUAUUCCUGGAUGUUUGGGGCUGACUGUCUGCAUGUGAAAUCGCCAAAAAAGAUUUCUCCAAAGUUAAGGAAAAAAUAUAAAUGGCCAGGUGAAUUUACAAAGAAAAACAAACAGUGUCAACUUACAUACCCUUUUUUCACGGAAACAUAUUAUAUUCAGAAAUCGACAACCUGGGACUGCAUGAUGAGUUGCUAUGUUCCACAAAACUACCGGAGUGGAAACGAGUCCAGCUGGGUCACGGAAUGCUUUGAUGGCAGCCACUGUGGAACAAGCCUGCAGAAAAUAUGUCUUAACGGCAAUUGUGUGGACGACCCGAGGUUGCAUAGCAAUACCAAGAAACCAGAAUAGUAUGAAAAACACUCUUCCUUUACAAAACAUAAUAUUUAAGCCAGAAGCUCCAAGAACUGGCUAAGAUACCCGUAUUUCUGACUGUUCACCCAUGUACACUCUGAAAUAAACACAGGGAUUA